CACGCUUCACUCUGCUCUUGCACCAAGGGAGUUCCAUGAGAAGUUUUACUGAGAAGACACACACACACACACAAGCUCUGGACGCUGCAGGAAAGUGAGCAACGGUGGAAACUUUAGACGAGGAUUCUCUCUGGUACCACAUCUGCGAGACACACACACACACACACACACGGCAAGGGGAAUCUGGAGUUAAUGCUGCGAGAGGACUGCCUGCAGGAACAGCGCGGGAGGGGAUCCGGAGAUCUGCUAGACACACACACACACACACACACACGCGCGCAGCGCGCGAGGGGAUCUGCUCUGGUUGUGGACGUGUUCAGCCGGGCUGUCGGUGUCGUUGUCGUAGCAACAGGAGCAGGAGGAUCAUACUUGCGGAUUACAACCCCCCCCCUCCACACACACACACACACACACCCUCGCUGGACUCUCCCGGCUUUCUUUGUUCCUGCUGAGACGCUGUGCUAUGAUUCCCGAGAUGAGGGCAAGCCAGGAGCCGUCCCUGUGAAAACGCUGAAGCACAAUAGAGUUCUCCAGGGAUCCUGUGUGCAGCGGUACCAUAGAGUUCUCCAGGGAUCUUGUGUGCAGCGGUACCAUAGAGUUCUCCAGGGAUCCUGUGUGCAGCGGUACCAUAGAGUUCUCCAAGGAUCCUGUGUGCAGCGGUACCAUAGAGUUCUCCAAGGAUCCUGUGUGCAGCGGUACCAUAGAGUUCUCCAGGGAUCCUGUGUGCUGAGGUACCAUAGAGUUGUUCAGGGUUCCGCUGGUUCUCCUGCGGGGGCUGUGGAUGUGAGAUGGGGUUCUUCCGGGUUCUUGUGGUUCUGCUGGUCCUGCUGGUUGUGGGUGGAGCGGAGAGGAGGAGGGGUGGUGGUGGGAGGCGGGGCUUGGUGAGGGGGCGUGGCCGAGCAGGUGCUGUAAAGCGAUUGGCUGAGGAGUGCAAGCAGUACGUGGAGGCGGGUGAGACAUACCUGGACUGCCAGGACCGUGGGCUGACCUCCAUACCGCCGGGCUGGCCCGAGGACACACAGCACCUGCUGCUGGCCCGCAACCGUCUGCAGGUGCUCCGGGACGGAACGUUCGCGCACCUGAAGCAGCUGCGCAGCCUGGACCUGCAGCAGAACUGGAUCUCGCGCGUGGAGGACGGCGCCUUCGCCGGACUGGACCAGCUGCACUCGCUGCUCCUGCAGAACAACCGCCUGCGCUCGCUCAGCGAGGAGCCGCUGACCGCCCUGCCACGCCUGCGAUACCUGCGUCUCUAUAGCAACCCCUGGGCCUGCGACUGCCAGCUGGACAGUCUGGUGCGCACGCUGCAGGUGCCGUCCAACCGCCAGCUGGGGAACUUCGCCAAGUGCGAGGAGCCGGAACAACUGCGUGGACACAAGCUGAAGAAGCUGAAGGCCGACCUCCUGUGUGAGGCCCCGCCCCCUGCUGACCCCAACGCCCCGCCCACUCCACCAGGCCACGCCCCCCACCCGCCGGCCAUCAGGAAACCGCAGGACGCCACCAGCCUCUGCCACACCUACCUCGUCCCCCGACCCCUGCUGGACUGCACCAGCCGAGAUCUGAAGUACGUCCCUGCGGACAUCCCGCCGGACAUCGUGAAUAUGGACAUGUCCACUAACAGCAUCCAGAGGCUGAGGCCACGUGACUUUGCCACAGCUAAAGAUCUGAAGACGCUGAACCUCAGCAGUAACAGUCUGGAGAGUAUCGACACGGCUGCAUUUGCGGGCCUGCUGUAUCUCCGGGAGCUGGAUCUCUCCAACAACAGCCUGCAGUUUUUCCAGUAUGGCGUGCUGGAGGACCUGUACUUCCUGAAGCGUCUGUCCCUGGGGGGAAACCCCUGGCGCUGCGACUACAGCAUCCACUACCUGGUGUACUGGCUGAAGCACCACCCCGGCGUAGCGCACUCCGGCCUGGUGUGCAGCGAGCCGCAGGAGUACCUGGGCUGGCCCGUGGAGGACUAUGUGAAGACCUACAACGCCGACUGCCCCAAGGACCGGCAGGUGGGCGGCGGCAACGCGGAGCUGGACAAGGACGCGGCCAAUCAGGACACGGCACAGGAGCUGAAGGCGGAGACGGACGAGGAGGCGGUGGGGGUGCUGCCGAGCCCACUCAGGAUGCGCAAGACGUUCGAGAUCAUACGCCUCAGUUAAACACACACACACACACACACACUCAGGCCUCAGUUAAACACACACACACACACACUCACUCAGGCCUCAGUUAA